GUGCGCGUGCGUGUGUGUGUGUUCGUGUACUUCCGGUUAUUCCCGUAGUUCCGAACUGUAGCUUUAGCCGUCAGUUGAAUUCGCCGUUCCGAAUUUUUUGGAAUUUAAGCGUCUCCAAUGCGGUUCCGGUGUCUCCGAUCACCCACGCCAGCACCUCGGCAGUUUAGUCGCGAAGCGGACUUGCUCGACUUGUUUCCGUCGCUACGUGGAGCUAACAAGGGCUAAGCUAAAAUAAGCUAAGCGUGCUAGCCAACGAGCCUGCGUUUGACUGAAUUUGCUCGUCCGUUUCAGUCUUUCGGUGAAAGCAUCGAGAGGAAAUCUCAAGCAUGGAAUCCAACGGUAGCUGUCACUAACAGACCGAAGACGACGCGAAGAGUGUAACUUGAAGCCAUGCCAACCUAGAAUCAGCCUCUGCAGUACCCCACCCCCCACCCCCUACCCCUCCCCCGUUGAGCGACCAUGUCUGAGAACCAGCCCAACAACAAUGUCCCACCAAACAACAACAACAACAUGGGGCCCAACAGGAUCCGGAACCCCAACAUCAACCAGAACCCCCUCAUCAACGUUCGAGACCGCCUCUUCCACGCGCUCUUUUUCAAGAUGGCUGUCACUUAUGCCCGCCUCUUCCCGCCAUCGUUCAGGAGGGUCUUUGAGUUCUUCGUGCUGCUCAAGGCGCUCUUCGUCCUCUUCAUCCUGGCCUACAUCCACAUCGCCUUCUCUCGCUCGCCCAUCAACUGUCUGGAGGGCGUGAGGGAGCGCUGGCCUCGUGACGGCAUCCUGCGCGUGGAGAUCCAGAGGAACUCCAGCCGGCCGCCCGUCUUCCUGCAGUUCUACGACUCGCAGGAGGGCGGAGGAGGAGGAGGAGGACCCGUCGCCGGGCUCAGUCUGGCAGCGCUGCAAGAGGAAGAGGAGGACGAAGAGGAAGAGAUGACGCUGGACACCUUUGACAACAGCUCGGUGCAGUUUGAACUGGACACGGAGCCCCAUCUGAAGCUGCCCGGGAUCGGACAAGCGGGCGAGGGUGCGGCGGGAGGCGGGGCCAACGACAGUCGGGACCUUUCCUUCAGUCACAUGGCUAAAGGUAGGCGGCGGCGGUGGCGUAACGGGCCGCCGCAGCCCGCCGCCGCUCGUCGUGACGCGCGCUGCUUUCAUCUUGCAGCCUGGCCUCAGGAGGAGUACAUGGUGGAAUAUUCUCUGGAGUACGGCUUCCUGCGUCUGUCUCACAGCACGCGGCAGAGACUCAACAUCCCCGUCAUGGUCGUCACCCUGGAUCCCACCAAGGACGAGUGUUUCGGCGACGGCUUCAGUCGCUUCCUGCUGGACGAGUUUUUAGGCUACGAUGACAUUCUGAUGUCCAGCGUCAAAGCGCUCGCAGAGAACGAGGAGAACAAAGGUUUCCUCAGGAACGUGGUCUCCGGAGAGCAUUACCGCUUUGUCAGCAUGUGGAUGGCCAGAACCUCCUACCUGGCCGCAUUUGUCAUCAUGGUUAUCUUCACGCUGUCGGUGUCCAUGCUGCUCAGGUAUUCUCACCACCAGAUCUUCGUCUUCAUUGUGGACCUCCUUCAGAUGUUGGAGAUGAACAUGACCAUCGCCUUUCCGGCCGCCCCCCUUCUCACCGUGAUCCUCGCCCUCGUCGGUAUGGAGGCCAUCAUGUCGGAAUUUUUCAACGACACCACCACGGCCUUUUACAUCAUCCUCAUUGUGUGGUUGGCUGAUCAGUACGACGCCAUCUGCUGCCACACCAACACCAGCAAGCGCCAUUGGCUGAGGUUCUUCUAUUUGUAUCACUUUGCCUUCUACGCUUAUCAUUACCGCUUCAAUGGUCAGUACAGCAGCCUGGCGCUGGUCACUUCCUGGCUCUUCAUCCAGCACUCCAUGAUCUACUUUUUCCACCACUACGAGCUGCCCGCCAUCUUGCAGCAGAUCCGCAUCCAGGAGAUGCUGCUGCACAACCAGCAGGCGAGUCACACCAACCAGACGGCGCUGCAGGACAGCCUCAACAACAACAACGCCACCGCCGGGCCUCAGCCACCGGCGGAGCCCGCCGCCGCCGCCGCCGCCAUCGUUCUCCAGCCGCCGCCUGAAAGUCCGGCGCCGUCCUCUGCCGGCGAAGUGCGCUCGGAGCUCAACUGGGUGGCACAGACGGCCGCCAUCAUUACGGAGGCCCUGGCGUCCUCCGGCCAGGAGGGGGCGGCCGACGUCGGCGAUGCAGCUGAGUUCUGGAUGGCGGAAAGAGGGGCCGGAGGCGGCCGGGAGGGAGCCGCCGCCGGCGAAGAAAGUCGGCCUUCGGAUGACGCGAGUGCCGCCGCCUCGCCAUCCCAAACCGACUGCGGAGCGCAACGCAGCUCCUCCCGCACGUCUUGAGGCGGAAGCGAGAAGACGCUUGUCGCAGUCAUGCCAAAUAAUGGGUCACCCGUUGCAGGCUGGGGACGAUUCAUUGAAAUAUGAGCAUCAAUAAACUGAGGGGAGGAACGCCUUGAAAUGGUCAAAGGUCAACGUGAUGCGCAGUCAUCACGGGACGUGCUUUUAGUUGGAACUUGAUUGUGAGACAGUGGGCGUGGCCACUUCACUUGUUUCCCACCAAAUGACGUCUCAAAGCGCUGUUGAAAUUGGAUUCAA